AUGCCCGGAGGAGCCUGCUAUGCUCCUCGUUUCUACAAGACCAGUGGCUUUGUCCUCAUUCAUGUUAGCUUUUUCCCACCCCUGCCAUCCCGCUCGUAUGAGCUCCAGGUGCACGUGUGUGUUACAAAGCUGCCCCCAGACCCAGGCACCGAGCAGCGGGAGGCUCCUUGGUGGUGUCCAGAAAGCGGGUCUGACCUGCAGCACCGCUGUCCCCACCGCUGUCCCCACCGUGUCCCUCACACCCCCCCGAACCUCCGCAGGGGAGAGAGCAACGAAGAGGAGGCCUCGCGGGAGCUGGUAGGUGGCCUGCGUAGUGCAGCGGUAGACGGCUCCGUCCUGACGGCCGCAUCCCCUCUCCCGGCAGCCGUCCCCGCCGCCGCCGCCUCGGCCCCCCCUGCUUUCGCCGUCUGCGGCCUCGGCCUCCUGGGCAUCUCCGUCAGCACCGACUACUGGCUCUACCUGGAGGAGGGCAUCGUCCAGCCCCAAAACCAGACGGUGGAAAUCAAAGUGUCGCUGCACUCGGGGCUCUGGAGGGUCUGCUUUCUGGCAGGUGAAGAGCGUGGCCGGUGCUUCACUAUCGAAUACGUCAUGCCCAUGAACAUCCAGCUGACGUCUGAAUCCACAGUCAACGUCCUGAAGAUGAUCCGCUCUGCCACCCCCUUCCCUCUGGUCAGCCUCUUCUUCAUGUUCAUCGGCUUCAUCUUGAGCAACAUCGGCCACAUUCGGCCUCACAGGACCAUCCUCGCCUUCGUCUCGGGGAUAUUCUUCAUCCUGUCGGGUCUGUCCCUGGUGGUGGGGCUGGUCCUCUACAUAUCCAGCAUUAACGACGAGAUGCUGAACAGGACCAAGGACUCGGAAACGUUCUUCAAUUACAAAUACGGAUGGUCAUUUGCCUUCUCUGCCAUCUCGUUCCUUCUCACAGAGAGUGCCGGGGUGAUGUCCGUUUACCUGUUCAUGAAGCGAUAUACGGCCGAGGACAUCUACCGACCUCACCCCGGCUUCUACCGUCCCCGUCUGAGCAACUGCUCCGACUACUCGGGGCAGUUCUUGCACCCGGACGCGUGGGCACGGGGACGCAGCCCUUCGGAUAUCUCCAGCGAGGCGUCCCUGCAGAUGAACAGUAACUACCCGGCUCUGCUCAAGUGCCCCGACUACGACCAGAUGUCCUCGUCCCCGUGCUGA